ACAGAAGCUGUCAAAAGCCAAAACUGUCACGAAAGCAAAACGCCAGCAAAAUCGAACGGCGAUUUUUAGGGCAGCAAAAAAAGUGUUUAAUUCGCACAAUUCCGGUCCCGAACCCGGCACGGUUCCAUCGCGCGUCGCGAGUGUUCCCCCCUGCGCCGUGGGCCACCAACCGAUCGUGCACGGUAGUGGCCAGCCAUCGCCAUCUGUGCGCCCUCCCUAUUUCUUCCCAGUUGAAGGCCACCCUUGAAGAAGAGAGUGAAAAAAGCAACAAAAAAAAGUUCCACAUCAAAAAGUCGCUUCCAUCAGCACAUCAGAUUGCGUGUCACGAUGUCCAACGAGAACGAUUCCGGCGAGGGUGGGUUCUGGGCGCCGGCGGCUGCUUCGCCUCCGCAGCCUCAACAAGCCCCUUCCAGCAGUUUCUUCCCGCUGGGGCAGGCGGCGGCGGCCGCGGCUUCCGGACACCACCAUUACGGACUUCCGGCGCCGGGGAAUAACUUUACGGUGCUUUCCGACGCGUUUGGGAACUUUUACAAGGUGUACCAUCAGCCGAAUGCGGCCGCGGCCGAGCAGGCCGACGUGGCGCUGAACAACGGCGGUGGAAGUUCCGUUGAGAGUCCGCCGAUCAAGUGCGAGUACGAACUGUUUUCCAGCAGCAACAACAGCAGCUUCAUUCGCCCGGUGCAGGGCUUUGGCUUCCUUUUCCACCAGCAACAGCAGCAGCAACAGCAACCAGCUCAGCAAACUGUCACGGCGUCGGCUCCGGAAUCGGCGGGUGGAACCGGUUCCGGCACGAGCAUGCUCAUCAACCAGCUGGUCGGUAACUGGGCGCCGACCAUCUCCGGAACGUACUCGCCCUUUGGCAGUGGCGCGCCCUCGCUGCUCGCCGAAGGUUUGCCCAGAUCUUCCGAAACGUACGCAACGGAACCGACUCCACCGAUGGUGCCGGCCCAGGCCCCGCCGGUGCAGCAGUCUCCCGUGCGUCAACCGGUGGUCACGGCUCCGCCAACUCCGGAGCACAAACCUGCUUCACCUGCCGUGAGCUACGACCAGCUGAACGAUGAAAAGAGCGCCAAGCUGAACGCCAACGUCCGCAAGCAGCGCAUCGUGGCCGAGGUCAAACCGAUGCGCAUGUCGUACUCGGACGUGCUCAGCAAGAAUGCGGCGGCGGCCGCGGCGACAACCGCUUCGUCUUCCAGCACUGCUACCGGUGGAAAUGGGGCGGCCAAAGUGACGACAGCUGCGACGCAGCACAAAUCCGCCAAGGUCGUUCCGAAAAAGGGCGCCGAGUUUGGCAAAAAGGUUGAUCGGCCCGCGCAGAAGAAGCCCACGCAGGUUGCGGGCUCGAACGUGGCUUCCAGCCAACCGGAAGCCACCUUCAAGCCGGUCGUCAUCCAGAACGGUGGCGGUCCUGCGGACAAGAACUCCGCAACGAAAAAGAACGACAAGGUGAAUGAAAAAAACAAAGCCAACUCCAACAAGUCGAGUGGCAACGCCGGUCGCGGCAAGAAUCGACUGCGCAACUUUAGUGACGCGUACUCCGUGCAGGAUGUCCACGGUCCGUCCGGCAAGGAGGCUUCCAACGACGACGAGGAGGAGGAGGAGGACGAUGACGACGGUGAGACCAACUCGGACGACGAUUACGACCAGGAAGAGGAACAGCAAAACUCGCAACAGCAGCAGGUCUACAACGUCAAGAAGAACAACGCACCGAACGAUACUCACAUCGAGAAGAUUGCCGCGUCGCGAUCGACCGGUUUCAAGCGCGCAGGUGGCAAUCGGGGUGCGUCCCGUGCCAAACAGGACAAAUCCUACCAAUCGUCCUCAUCGGCGCUCAACUCUUCCGGCAAACGUGGCAACCAGCGACCUCGCAAGAACCAAAAGUACGUCAUCGUUCAGAAGAUCCUGAACGCCUGGAUCGAGUACACCGUACUCGCGGUCCUCUGGCUCUGGUCCCUCGUAAGCGACGUGGUAUACCUUAGCCUGCGACUCUGCUGGGACUAUCUCGUCGCGGCGUUCCAAUACUGCGAGCAAAACUUCACCAGCUGGCGUCGCGAACUCCAACAGGACCAUCCCGGCACUUGGUUGCGCAACGCGUGGAAAUCGUUCGACUCGCGCUUCGCCAAGGACUCCAAGUGGGCCUUCUGGCGGGGCAAGAAAAAGGCCGAAGAUCCCUCAACCUCCAACGCCCCGAACGGCACCAAGAACUACUACAAAGACGGCCGCCUCCCGUCCACCGCCGACGAAGCCAUGUCCUCGCUCCUGAACUGCAAAGGCAAGGACGCUUACGCGAUCCUCGGCGUCAGUCCCGACUGCUCGCAGGAGCAGAUCCGCAAGCACUACAAGAAGAUCGCCGUGCUCGUACACCCCGACAAGAACAAGCAACCGGGCGCGGAAGAGGCGUUCAAGGUGCUGCAGCGAUCGUUCGAACUGAUCGGCGAACCCGAGAACCGGAAGGCGUACGACCAGAGUCUGGCCGAGGCGCUGAACGCCGAGAAGGCCUGGUCCGAGAUCAACGACCUGCUGACGCAGCUGCACACCAAGAUCUCCGAGGCGGCCAACACGAUUCGGUGCAGCAGCUGCUGCCUGAGACAUCCGCGGAAGCCCACCGGACGACCCCACUACGCGGCCAGGGAGUGCAGCUCGUGCAAGAUUCGGCACUCGGCGCGGGAGGGUGACAUCUGGGCCGAAACGAGCUGCUUCGGGCUGCGCUGGAAGUACCUUGCGAUGAUGGAGGGCAACGUGUACGACAUUACGGACUGGGCCAACUGCCAAAAGGGCGCCCUCUCGCACCUCCAGCCCAACUCGCACAUUGUCCAGUAUCGCAUCGUCCUCGGCGGAAACUCGCAGCAAGGCCAGCAACAACAGCAGCAGCAGAACCAACAGGGCGGCCAGCAACAGCAGCACGUCGGAGGAGGUGGCGGCGGUGCCGCAGGAUCGCAGUCGGACAAGGACGCCGGACGGGGACGGAAGGAAGGUGAAUCCAACCUGGACGACUUCCUGAACAACAUUUACGGUGGCCAGAACCAGCAGCAACAGCAGCAAUCGCAAGGCGGUUCCCGGCGGCGUCACCGUAGAAACUAGACUUCCUCCGUAAAGAGAGAGAGAGAGAUUAACUAUUAGAGCUAGAUUGCCCCACCCUCCCAACAACCCUCAUACAUUAUAUCCAACCAGUGUUUAGAGAAAGAGCUUAGAGAUUAACUAAGCGAUAGACAAGCAGAUGCUAUCGCGUCAAUAAGUUUUUGUCUUUUUGUUCACGUUGCCGUGUCGCCGAAGAUCAACCAGACUCAGCAAGACCACCACCACCAGCAGCAGCCGCCGCCAACAACAGUCAGCCAACUCAGUACAAACGAUCCUACCACGCAGUAGCAGCAGUAGCCAGCAGGCGCACUCGGAACCGAAUCUUCGCAUGACUUCGACGCGACACGGUAGUUUUUGAGUAUAAUCAACAUCCAACAUGUUUAGUACCAGUAGAAAAGCAGAAUACUAAAUGCUAAAAAUUAAUAAAUCUGUAAGGCGUUCGUUGAAGCAUAUUUCAGUAAUAAACGCUGAAACACAUGGA